AUGGCUCUGCAUGUCACCGUGGUGGUGUUCGUUUUCAGCGGUAACCGCAGCGCUCGCCACGAAGAGCGCCACUACGGUCACCUCUCAGCGACCGGUGGCAGCUCCGACGCAAUGGCGGCGUCCAGUGGGAACCCUUCUGUGAAUCUGCUCAUACGAAUGAAACAAUACCACAAGCGGGCCUUCAACUUCAUCUCCAAGGCGCUCAAGUAUGACGAGUUGGCCAAUGACCUCUACCCCAAAGAUAUAGAGGAACUACAGAAAAGCAUCGACAACAACUUCGCUCAAAAAAAAUGUCCUUUAUGGGAGUGGACGCACAGGCUUACUGAUAAGAUGAAGGUGAACCUCGACAUGGCCAAGGACAGGCUAGACUUCUUAAAGAGCAUGGUAAAGAUAGAAAACGUCGGCGAUGAUUUGUCCUGGCAUGCGAGCGUGGCCCGGCCUCAGGCCAACGAGAAGCGCCGAGGAUGGCAGAAGGCGGCACAAGGCCACGACGCAGCCCCAAUACUAGGCGGUCCCACGUGGCAAAAAAUGGCCGAAAAUUGCGGUCCUGGCGGCCAAGUGAAUGACAGCUCGCCACCUCUGCCGCCGCGUUCGGGUGUUAUGCUGAAGAACCAGGCCGCAAAAGCAUCACGGCUCUGGACCAUUGCCGACGGCAGCGAGGUGGCCGCUACCCGCAGUAACCAAACGCACAGCAGCCCAAGGGUGUACAGCCACAUACUGCAGCAGCGGCCCGACUCCAAACGAUCCUUUCGUGGCGGUAGAGAAGGAAGGCGGGUGUGGACACUAAAGGGCGUGGGCUCGCUAUUCGCCCACAUGAUUCUCGACGAGAUCCGAGACGGUGGGCCUGAGGUGCUUUCCCGUGACAUUGCUAGUCAAGAAGUGACCAAGCAUGAACUAAUUGAAAUGGUGAUACUGCCCACAGACAGGCCAGAGCUGUUCACAAGUUUUUGA